UCGACAUAACCUCAAAAAAUAUUUCAUAAUAUUUCUCAACACAUUCUUAUAAAUUUAAAGAAAAAUUGAAAAUAAAUGGAUACUUUUACGUGUAUUUCCUGUAGAGUAGUAUUUAACACCGGUGAUAUUCAAAGACAACACUACAAAAGUGAUUGGCACAGAUAUAACCUAAAAAGGAAGGUUGCGGAGUUACCCCCCGUUUCAGCGGAAGAUUUCCAAAAGAAAGUGAUCUUACAACGUGCACAAAACGAAGAUUUAUCGGCGGAUACAAGCACGUAUUGCCAAGUUUGUAGGAAAUCGUUUGGUAAUGGGAAUGCUUAUGAUAAUCAUUUGAAUUCGAAGAAGCACAAAGAGAAUGAAAAGAAUUAUAAGGAAAAUCCGAAAAGUGAUGAAUUAGAUGAUGAAGAAAUGGAAGAAGUGGAUAGUGAUGAAUGGGAGGAAGAUAUUGAGAAUCCCAUUGAUAAUAAUGAUUGUUUGUUUUGCUUGCAUCAUAGUAAAAAUUUAUUAAAUGUUAUAAAGCAUAUGACUCAAGAGCAUGGAUUUUUUAUACCCGACAUAGAAUUUUGUAUUGAUAUUAAAGGAUUAUUAUUAUAUUUGGGCGAAAAAAUCAAUUCUGGAUUUAUUUGUUUGUGGUGCAAUGAGAAAGGAAAAACUUUCCACACUUCAGAUGCUGCAAAAAAACACAUGAUUGAUAAAGGACAUUGCAAAAUGUUACACGAAGGCGAAACAUUAGCUGAAUAUGCAGAUUUUUAUGAUUACUCCUCUUCUUAUCCUGAUCAAGAAGAAAAUGAUUCAAAUAGUGAAGUUAGCAUUCCUGAACUUGAUGAUUCAGAUUUCCAACUUGUUUUACCAUCAGGAGCUGUUAUAGGACAUCGAAGUCUUAUGCGUUAUUAUCGACAAAGCAUCAAUCCAAAUAGGGCUGUUGUUGUAGCUAAGAAUGAAAAGAAACUUCAUAAAGUCUUAGCAAGUUAUAGAGCUUUGGGGUGGUCUGAAACUGAUCAAAAAGUCGCGGCGAAAAAGGCGCGAGAUUUACAUCAUAUGAAACGAUUACAAAGUAAAUAUAACAUGGUGUUGGGGUGUAGAGGAAAUAAGUUACAAAAACAUUUUAGGGCUCAAGUUAAUUUUUAAAAUUUGUGUUAAAAAAUUUUUUUU